AUGAGCUGGCGAGGACUGGCUCGGCUAGCGAUAGCUUCGACGAGCAGACUGCCCUCUUCUUCGUCAUCAUCGGCUCCAGCCGUAGCAACUUGCUCUCCUCCGCGACGCCCGCUUGAUCGUCUGCCAUCCGGCUUACCAGGUCCAUGUCAGAGUCGGUCUUACGCUACACCUGCGUCCAAUCAUCUAGCAGCCCUAGCACCAGUCAAAGGCGCCACGAAGAAUCGAAAACGAGUAGGCAGAGGUCCUGGAUCUGGUCGAGGCAAGACGGCCACAAAGGGCCACAAGGGGCAAAACGCGAGGGGCGGAGUGCCUCGACGGGGCUUCACCGGCGGUCAGACGCCGCUCAGCAGGACUGUGCCCAAAAGAGGCUUCACACCCCCUACCUCUGAGCCCAACACAGUCCUGCCACUCAAUCGACUGCACCAGUGGAUCCUCACAGGUCGCAUCGAUCCCACGCGACCCAUCACCAUGCGCGAAUUGCUCGAGUCUGGCUGUGUUCACAAAGUCGAGCAAGGUGGCGUCAAACUGCUCAGUGAUGCUGUCGGUGAUCCUGGUCACUCCGUACCUCUGCCGCCCAUCGAGAUAUACGUCUCCAGAGCGUCAAAGACCGCUAUAAAGCGUGUCGAAGAUGCAGGUGGCAAGAUCCAAGCUGUCUACCACAACAGACUCGGCCUACGUGCUCUCCUCAAACCCCACCGCUUCGAGGCAAAAGGUCUCGCUUUGCCGAGGCAGGCUCUGCCGACGACGAAGAAAGAUCUCGACUACUAUACAGACCCGGCCAAGCGUGGCUACCUCGCUGGCAAAUCCAUACAAGGCUACGAACGGCCCGCCCCCUCGAUUCGACCGUUCGCAUACGCAGGCACCGCAUCGGCAUGA